UUGGGACAACUGAGACAUCCACCAGCAAGAUUACCGGCCGCGGCGGCUGCGCCAAGUAUUGUGGGACUGCUCCAUCACCCGGCAACAUUUCAUUCUCCAGCUUCCGCCAAUCCUUCACCACCAAUGUCAACUACCUGAAACGGAGUUUGCCUUCCAGGUUCUCCUCGGGGGACUUGAGCUCAGAGCUUGACGAUGAGCCUAGCGUUGAGCCCGGGAUGGCCUCCGUGGUCCGGCAGGACUCCAGUCAGCCGUAUCAAGGGGCCCCUGAUCGUCCACUCCAGUGUCAACCAGCGCCCAUACCACCGCCAUCGCAACCACCGGUUCCUGGGGCACCACCUGGAGGUGACCUGAGUCUCAAUCUGAGGCCGAGCUCUAGGACUACAAGCGCCCCCUCGUCACCGGCGAAGACGAGGGAGAGUCUGCUGCAGAGAGUUCAGAGUCUCACGGGAGCUGCACGGGAUCAGGGCGCAUCAAUACUCGGUGCAGCUGUGGGCGGUGCAACUCGUGGCUCAUCGUACAACAAGGAUCGUUGUUUUACUCUACUAGUGAUAGAUGAUCAGAAUACAGACUGGAGCAAGUACUUCCGUGGACGUAGAAUUCAUGGUGAUUACGAGAUACGUGUUGAACAGGCUGAGUUCCGGGAGUUGUCUCUCACGGCUUGUGAGGCAGGCGCCACAGUGUCCAUGGCUGUCUUCCGCAAUGGGACCAAGGUCAUCAGAUCCUUCAAGCCCGAUUUUGCCCUGGUGCGGCAAAACCUCCGGGACGCUGGGGAAGACAAUAGAAACCUCCUCCUUGGACUCAUGUACGGCAGCAUUCCGAGUGUUAAUAAUCUCACGGCGAUAUACAAUUUCCAGGACAAACCAUGGGUAUUUGCCCACCUGCUGGGUCUACAGCGUCGUCUCGGCAAGGAUAAUUUCCCCCUCAUAGAUCAGACGUACUAUCCGAAUCAUCGGGAGAUGGUCUCAGCACCUCGUUACCCGGCAGUCGUAAAACUUGGUCAUGCACACGGUGGGGUUGGCAAAGCUCGUGCCGAGAACAACCAGGAAUUCCAAGAUUUAGCAUCGCUUGCAGCCCUAACAACUACAUACUGCACAUCGGAGCCUUACAUCGACACCAAAUACGAUGUUCACGUGCAAAAGAUCGGAAACAAUUACAAAGCAUUCAUGCGAAAGAGUAUCAGUGGUAAUUGGAAAUCCAACACGGGCUCGGCUAUGCUGGAGCAAGCGUCGAUGACGGAGAGAUAUCGAGCCUGGGUCGACCAUGUUUCUAAUUUAUUCGGGGGUCUUGAUAUUUGUGCGAUUGAGUUAUUGGUGGGGAAGGAUGGCAGGGAAUAUAUCAUUGAGGUUAAUGAUAGUGCAUUGUCGUUGAUGGGAGACUCGCAGGAAGAGGACAGACGUCAAAUUGCUGAUCUGGUUACUGCCAAGAUGCAAGCUUGCUGUAGACCGCACAGUGUCUUAACCAAGACAGCAUCCAGAGGAUCAAUGUCAGGUGCGAGUCAAGCAACGAGUCCUGCGGAGGAGCGUGGACCACCAUCUGGGCCGCCGCCUGGACCGGCGCCAGUGUUGGGUGCUCAUCCACCCAUUGGCUCAAUGGGCUCCAUAAGUAGCAUAGGCUCGAGCAUGGGUGCGACCACCGGCGCUGAUGUUACGAAAUCUGAUAGCCAUGGACAACUCGUACGACGGGAUUCCCAAGCAUCUCAAUCGAGCACAGUGAGCAGUGCCCCGUCAACAGGACGUCGUAGCGACGAGCCACCGCCCCUUCCCCCAUCCCGAGUGCCAUUUCAUCGUCAAGGAAGUCAAUCGCAGCCGUCGACUGGGGAAGACAGCGAGGACACCAUGAAAAAUCUCCGGAAGACAUUUGCCGGUAUAUUCGGAGAAAUGUAGAAUGGGUAAAAAAAACUUUAAAUUAUUCAUAAUCCUGGCUGAUGCGACGAUAAAGCUAAGUAUUGGGCAUUAAAAUAUAAUGAAGAGAUAAUUAAAAACGAGAGGAAGAAUGAAAAAUAAUAAUUAAACCGGUAUUCUAAUGAGGGGCAAUGAGAAUGAGAGAAAGAAUCAUGGCGUCUGGGCGAGUUGCGAUCAGCUCGACGUGAAACAUUAAACCCUGGGAGAUUAAAGCUCACUCGUCCGACAGUACUUACUUAUACAUUCGCAGAUUAUACCGGAAUUGUUAAUGGCCAUUCAGUUUUCACGUAUGAAAAUAUUUUGAUGGAAAAAUUAAUGCACUCGGUAGAAAAUCAUGGUGGAUUCAUAGACGUUCAUUUUUCUAUGCAAUUUAUUCUGUUGAAAUUUUUUAUAGAAAAACUCUAGGGGAUAUGUUCUCUAAUUUUUAAGAAUACUUGGGAAAUUUAGGGCCAAGAGUUUUGUAGAAUAAAUUGAAAUAGGCAAAAGACCAAUUGAAUUUCAAUACGAAAAAUUUUCUUCAUACGUCAAUUCGUCAUCGGACAGAGUGAAAAAUCUACUGGAAAUUACCUCUGAAUUUUGUAAAUCUAGUAAAUCCAGUGAAAAUUCGAAAUUUUUAUGAAAAAUUUCACAAACAUAUUGUAAUUUUUACCAGAGUUCUGAUAAAAAUUAUCUAAACGCCCGAUUACUAAAAUCCGAGUGUAAUUUUCAACAUAUUCUUUCCUCCCUAAAUAUUGCCAUAACGUUUGAUGGCAAUGACAUGGCUAUUUCAGCGAGAUUGAUUCCUAUAGAAAUUCUAUUGAAUUUUCUCCUGCAACUUUUAAAUGAAUUGAUUCAAAAAAGUUAAUCGAUGUUAAUUUCUCUACACAAUUUAUUCUGUGGCAACGUUUUCCUAUGAAAAUUCUUGGGAAUUGAUCCUCUAAAUUUCUGGAAUUCUCAUUUCUAAGAGUUUUUGUAGAAAAAAUGUCUUGCGAAUAGGUCCCAGAGAAAUGGAGAUCUGUUUUCCGUACUGACCUUCACUUUUCUUCCUCCGGGGAUUGGCAUGAGCCGUUCCCGAAACUCGUGGAAGUGAAAAUCACUAUGGAAAAAUAUCUUUUAUGACUAAUGCCGUGGGGUUUUUCUACUGACGCGGUUGGCUAGUCCUCGCCCUCGGCUCAGACGCCAACUCCACACGAGUAAAAACCCCGCGGCACUCGCUCUGAAAUACCCUAUUACUUGAUACAGGCAAACAAUGAAUGAAUUUCUGACAAAAAUCAAUAAAAUCGAUUUUCCUAUUGAUCCAUCAUCGAACCGAGUGAACCUGUUAUAAAUUACCCUAGAAUUUCAGUAAUCGUGCAGCCUUUCAGCAAUUUCCACCAAAAUUCUGGUAAAGAAGGCAGAACAAUUGCAAAAAUAUUUUAAUUUGCGCCCAAAAAACAUUCUAAUUUUCACUAGAAUUCUGAUAAAAAUUGUAUCAACGCCCGAUUGCUAAAAUACAAGAGUAAUUUUCGACGUAUUUUUUCCUCCGUAAAUAUUACGAUAACAUUUAAUGGCAAUAGCACGUGUAUUUCACCGCGAUUCGGCCGUCGCCUCAAUACACCGGAAAUUCUGGAUAAGAUCGUGAUGAUGAAUUGAAUCCAAUGAGCAAUGAUAAACACGAUCGAUGCAAGUCAUUGUCCCCGUUAUUUUGUAAAAUACCAAUAUUAUCGGAUAUAUUAGGAAGUACUGACGAGGAGGUACUGCAAACGCACAAGUAGUUGUUAAGCACUUUUGGAUACCAAAAAUGUCAAAAUUCGCAUUGCCAUUGAAAUAAUAAAUAAAUCACCCGAGCAACUUGAAACAACAAUUGGCGAAUUUUAAUCGUAUUCUUUAAUCACAAUCGAUAUGAUCUGCGGAUUGCAUGAUAAGUGGUACACAGGACGGUACAAAAGAAUAAUAUCAGUAAUAAAUAGUGAAACACUUUGGCCUAUGCACAAUAAUUGGAUUUAAAAAUAAAACCAAAGUGAAUUGGAAGGAAAUGAACGGAGAUGAGUCGAGAUAAUCAAAAUGAAUGGAGAGGAAAUUCGAGGAGGUUGUUGAAAAUGAGGAUGAAGGAUCGAUGAAUGCAAGCGCGCAGCCUCGGUUAAUGAUAAGAAAAAUCUCAGGGGUGCUAUUCAAUGCACUAGGUAAAACGUUAAGAAAAUAAACACAAAAAAAAAAAAUUCUAAAAAAAAGAACAGAUGAUUAAAAUAGACCAGCCAAUUGUGUUGUAGUUGAAUGAGAUCUUUCUACGUAAUAGAGGCCGAUAAGACAAAAAAGAGAUUAACAAACGCAAAAGGAGCGCUGAAUAGAAGUCAUUAAGAACCUGAUGAAAAUUUCCCUUCGAACCAAAAAAAAAAUACAAAGAAUUAGCAGAAUGAAGUGCGAAUAAAAGUGACCUAAGAAGACAUAUAAAAAUAGUUGAAGUAUCAAAAAAGAGGAACAUAUAAAACAGAAAAAAACUUAAAGGAAAAAAAAAUACAAAAAGCCCACAGUGCCAUGUUGCUUAGAUGAAUGAAAAAUUGUUAACUCCUCCAAAUUCUCGUGUUACGUGCUACAAUCAUUUAUCCACUAAAUGAUUAACAACAAAUCUACCUGAAUAAUCACUAGACACAAAGGGAAGAGCACAAGCACGCGGAGUUGGAUUUAUAAAUGGCUGAAGUUUGAAGGCAUGGAGUUGAAAUAACUCUAGUGUUACCAUAAUUCAUAACUUAAUGAGAAAAGUUGUUGAAAAAAAAUCGUGUAUCACAAUUUUUAUAAAUAAUUUCGUUAAGUUUACUCCCAAAGCCGCAUUUAGCAACACUUCAACAAUUGUUUCCUCACCCCAAUAGACCGAAAAAAAGAUGAAAAAAUGAAAUAUUGGUAACAAUAAUAAAACUUAGCAAUAUCGUUGACACAUACUCAAUUAUAAUAAUUGUUAAUUAUCGAAUAGUAAAAGUUUUCUACGCGUCGCGGCUCUAAUACGAAUAAUUGUUACAGUUACCUUGUGAUCAUUUUCAUGAAUAACUCAUGAAUAUUUUGCUCAUUUCUCCCUCUUGAGAUUAUUUUCACCUUCAUUAUUAAUUCUUAUCUAUGAUCGUGAUGUCAAAUAUAAUUAAUUUAAACCUCCUUCUCCCAAUCCCCCACCCUGAUAUCCUCGAAACUAAUUUUCCCUGGUAAUUAAGGGUGCUUGUGAAGUAUAUAAUGAUUUUAUGAGCCUCAUAUACAUAGAAAUUAGAUUACCUGAGAAUGGAGGUGAGGGAGGUUGCCGCGACACAGAUUUCAUUAUCUGUGGUCUCUCCAUCUUUAUUUUCAAUUUAUUCAUCAUCUUCUCCAGUACUUCGUCCUGCAACGAAACUACUUAUAGAGAAAAAACGAAGAAUUUAGGGAUAGACUUUCAAUGUCGACUGAAUAAUCUCAUCUGUUACUGCAUUUAAUGAUACUCGAGGGAUGAAUCUCUUGUGGCACGACGCAUCUGAAGUACUGCACAAUUGUCGGAAGACGUUCAAUCCCCGAGUUAAUAGAUUCUAACUUCUUGUGCAUGUAUCUCAACGCUAUAAUAAUCUUACGAUUAUUAGUUUCUACGUGGAAACUAAUGAAAUUUCAAAAAGACAAAUAACAAAUAGUAACAGUAGACGGAUUUGGGCGUGAUACAUUGCGCACAAUAACCGUGAAAUGUUACCCUCUUGAUUUCAAGCGCGUGCUAGUCACAUACAUAUAUUAACAAUAAAACACGAUAUGAGAAUGGUUAUUGCAUUGUAAAGCGCCAUUCUCAUUUAUUAUCAUGAUAUAUGUGUCAUAUGUGUGUUAUUUAAUCUAGUAGCUACGUGUCGAUCGUUCAAAUGCGCCGAUUAAAUUGAAAUUUUAAAAAUUGAACGCAUAAAAAAUCACAAAAUUAUCGUUUGCCGAUUGAAAAUUGAUACUGCAUAUUCAUGAAAAGGAAAUAUCAAAAAAAUUAAAAUUGCGGUGUUGCUGGCGCGGCAGGCAUGACUCCCAAAUAAUUUCACCAUUCAGCAUUAAUUCAGUGUAAAAUUAACAACGAAAUUUGCAUCACAGGAUGCUGUUCAAUAAUCAACUAGACGAUGGGAGAUGAGAUUGGGGGAAAAAAUCGUGGAAAUGGAUUCAAUCGAUUGAUAUUGGCCAGCAGCCUGUUUAUUAAUCGUUCACAUAGCUUAUCAGCGAUACAAAACUCUUAAUUAUGUGAUUAUUGAUAAAUACAGUAGCUGCAGGCACACUAAUUACUUAAUAACCCAGAAUAACCACUGACUAACUGAUUAAAAAACGAAAAUACCAAAGAAGAAAAAUAUAGUUAAGAGGAACGUAAGUUGAGGGAAGGAUUAAAUCAUACUUAAAAUGCGAGUUCUAUCUGUCAUCGUUAUUAUUAAGAAUUAUCGGAGUUUGGAAAAACUCUAAAAUUAGGAUUAAUUAAGUGCUAGGAGCAUAAACAUUUAGCGUGGGGGCGUAGAACAAUACUUAUGGAUAGUGAAAAGAGAAAUUCGAUAACAAAAAUGGGUGUAACUGAAUAAAGGACUAUGUAAUGGGCCCAGUAGAGAUAUUUCAAGGUGCUUGAUACUUGGACUUUCUGAUGAAUGACCAAAUUUCCCUGUUUGGCAUACCAACGGAUUCUGGUGAAUUAGGCUUGGAGAUUAAUCUCCCCCGGGGGCACAACCUCGAGUGUCACAAUUACGGCCAAACUCCAGCGCAUCAUCAGAAACGUGAAAUUGUUCAUUUGUGAUUUCAAUCUCACGUGGGCAUGAGCCACUGGAAGUCUGAUAAAUCGUUGAUAUCCUCAAUUUGGAGAGACACUCGAGUCAUCAGAUAGAUAUGUUGAAGCACGCUCGUGCGCUCCAGUUCUCAUCUCAUGGGGAAAUUGAUGAUUUAUUUGCUGUCGCGAUACUGUCCACGAUUAUCACCUUGCAAUUACGUUAGAAAUUAAAAUGAUUAUAAAAGGAAAAAAAAACACUGAGGAAAAAUAGAUGUGGAGAAAAAUAAUUCAUCAAACACGACGGAGGAAAGUCUAUUAUUUACGAAUCGACGUUAAAUUUUAAACCCAAGAAAUAAAUAGAUACUUAAUGGUCAUUGGUAAAUCGAUAUGUAUUGUAUAAUUACCGAAAUUAUGGGGGAAUUUUAACUGUUGGUAAUCAGUCUACGUUGAUUAGAUGAAAAAUGAAAGAAGUAUUAUUUGAAACGGGUGUUUCGCAUACGGUAUACUUACUGAAAAAUGAAUAAUUAAAACUCACGAAUGUGUAUUAUUUUUAUCAAUUUUGAGGAAAGACAAAAAUGAUAAGUAAUUAUUAAUCAAAUUAAUGACGUUACCGGCUGUCGUAAUAAUAAACAAAUAUAUAUAAUGCUAUCUAUAGACGAUUAACAUACGUUUACAUAUUGAUAAACGAUUUAUUUGUAAAAAACUCACUGUAAUGGCAAGAUACUUGAAGUGUAAUUUAAACGGUCAUUUCUGUGUACGAUGAGAGAGGUUGUGCCACUCUGAUCUCCUUCGGUAUAUCGCUGAGAAAAAAAUCGAGAGAUUAUUGGGAUUAUCGGGGGGUUUGCGAGUGGGGCAUCCUCAGACCGAAUUUAGAGUCGGCACGUUAUAUAUUAAGAUGCCCAUUAGAUUGAUCUGUUAAAUUAUUAUUGAUAUAUUAAUAUACCAUAAGGUAAUGUGUAACAGCAGAAUAAAAAACAUGGGGUCGCAACAAUA